ACCUGCAUCAACGCUUUCAUAAGAUUUUCAUGUGACACAGUGAUAUAAAUAGAGGCAUUGAAGUGCAGCUUCGCCUCUCUGUUGGGUACUCCUGUAGGCUCAGGACAGCUCCUUUAGUCCUGUAGAGUCAUGCCUUGUCCUGCUCACCCCGGCCAGAUUUACGCAUCACGGUCAAACAACGCAAAUGCUUCCCGGGCCACGGGAACAACAGAUGGGUCAUAUAAGAACCACUUCACCUCCUGUCACCCUCUCUAUCCUUGGCAUCCUAAUGGUACAGUAUAAAGCCUGAAGUUAGGAGCUUUGGCUAGUCAGCUGCUGGUGGGAAAAGAGUGAAGGUGAGAACAAAAGAGUAAAACUCGAAUCAAGUUGAGAACUGGCAACUAUGAAGAGACAAACCCAGGACACCUCAAUAAAACAUCAGGAGAACCUGAAGAGACAAAGAGACGUUCUGACUUUCCGAAUGAAAAAGCUGUCAUCGAAACAAUCAGACUUCAAUUCCAAGACAACCGCUCUUAAAGAGAAGAUUAAAAAGAAAUAUGACGACAUGAAGAGGGUUUUGGAUGAGGAUUUGAGAAUCACACUGAGCCAGCUGGACAUCGAGGCUGAAGCCAUGGAGAGAAAUAUAGAGGACGGCAUUGAGAAGUGCUACCGUCUCACCCAAGAAAUCGAUCAACAGCUGGUUGAACUCUCGACGCAGUUGGAGAAAGAUCAAGAGAAGAUGGCAGAGAUGGAAGAAAGGAUAAAAGAGACCCUGAAUACGACCGAUCCGGAGUUCAUGCAGACGGAUGAGUUUAAGAAUGAACAGCUCCUCAGCUUAACCAUCAACCUGUUGUUAUUCAUACGCUCUCAGGUUCCUGUCACUAAGAAACUCUUCCAAAGCUAUGCCCAAGUCGUCGUUUUGGAUACUGACUCCGCUCACCCGAAACUUGUUAUUUCCCCUGAGGGCGACUCAGUCAGUUACACAGAAACCUGGCAAGAAGUUGCUGAAAACCCUUCUCGCUUUGACACUACCCUUAACGUAAUUAGCCGAAAGGGAUUCAAGGAUGUUCGCAACUACUGGGAGGUACAAGUCGCUGGUAAGACAUACUGGGAGCUGGGACUCACGUACCCCAACAUCCCCAGGAAAGGAAAAGAGGAGGACUGCUGGUUAGGCCGGGGCCCGACGUCCUGGUGUGUUGAGUUUUUCAAUGGUGACUACACAGCCUGGCACGACGGUGUUCCCCAUGAGCUCACCCACGCGAGCGGGAGAACUUUUCAGCGUAUUGGCAUCUUUUCCAGCUCGGAAGGAGGUUUGAUUUGUUUCUUAGGGGCAGACACCAUGACACCCCUUUACAGCUUUUGUGCUGGAACCUUCACGGAUUCCCUCUUCCAAGCUGUCUGUCCUGGUCAUGACAACCAGGGGACGAACCGGAAACCACUGUUGAUUUGUGACUCUUCGAGAUCCGCCCCUAUCUUGUGAUGUACAUCCAGCGAGGGCAAGAGUCAGGAUCGAAUUUGAAGAGGUUGUUGUUAUGGAAGCACAUAUACAUUUCUUAAUUUUGUUUACAUUUCAAGUUUGAUUUGUACUUAUUUCAAGAAAUGAUUUGCUUACACUAAUCUGUGCUGAUUUUACAAUACAUUUUACAACAUACUUUUUCCAUUUAUAGCUAAAUUUAAAUAAAUAAAAAACAUAUGUUUAAUACAAUUUUUGAAAUGAUAAAAUAAGGCUUGCAAAUGAAUUUAUACAGUAUAUGAACUUUAUACAGUAUUGAGUUAACACAAUGUAAACUUUUUCAGCCUAGUUGUGCCAAACAAAUUGCCUAUUGCCAUAUGCUUCAUAAAGUUUUAAUAAUAACAUAUUUAAGCAUAAUCUGUAAAACAAUUUUACAUAAAAAUAAACAUUGUUGUCCAUUUCUAAACAAGGUGGAACAUACACCCUUUAAUAUAGUUCAGGCACUUCAGUAAUAAUUCAUGCAGAAAGAGGAGAGAAGUUUGUCGGUGCUGCAGGUUGGCAGAUCCUAUUGUUUUAUGGAUGAACAUUACAUGAAUGAAAACUAGAGAAACUGUACGGAAAAACAGAAGAACAAAACCAAACUCAGACUUUGCAUUAAGGUUAAAACAGCACAUCUGGUUGACUAGAAUGAAUGGGUGAUAACAGGUCACAAGUAAUACAAUAGCCGCUGUAUUAAAACAUGGUUAAUUUUCGGAAGGGGCCCUGUCUAUGUGAGGCAGUCAUGUAUACGUCAUAUCCUUAUUAGUUGUGUAAUGCUGCGUUCCAGACACCUCGGAUUGAUUGUGGAUAUUUUCCACCUAAAUAACUUCUGAAACAGCGCAAUUUUAAUGUUAUUAAAAAAGUUUAUUGUUCAAAUGUUACUAAUUAUUACUUACUAUUGUGCAUGUAACAAACGAGGUAUGUACGCAAAUGAUUUCAACUAAUAGGACUGGACACUUGUUUAUUUCAACAGAUUUAAAGAUCGAUUAGAUGCGCUUUUUAUGAGCGAACAUUGAAUAUUAUACAGCUCUUAUUUUAGAAGAUACUGUUUGAGCAAUUAACAAGGAAUUAACACAUUCUGGAGAGAUUGUAUAAAAAUAGAUGUUGGACAUGCAAUUUUCAACAAACACAUGGAUAGAGUCUUACACGAUACACUAGUGGAAAAGGCAAAGGUUUUAGAAGUUGUAUAAAAAUAAACCCUAUAAGAAAGAAAAAAAUUGGUAAUGAAAAUAGCAGGCGCCUAUAGACAAAAGUGCUGAACUGCCACAGGUAUACUCAGAGGAUGUAAAGGAAUUGUACACAUAUGCACUUUUCCUGAUUGUAUGUCAAAAUGAAACAAAAGAUUUCAUUUAUGUUGAUAAAGAAAUCGAGAAGCAAAGCUUUUGAAAUUUAAGAACUCUUAAGGUGGACUUUGUAGACAGAAAAGCUAAAAUAGUCACUGAUCCACUUGGAGAAAUUAAAAGCUUUCCUAAAUCAACCUCAAAGAAAUCAUAUAGGGUAAAGUCAUAAAAUACUCAAAGAGGAUAUUACAAUGAGUAAUGGCUCAAACAAAAACCAACACUUUGGAAAGACCUAUUUUCUAAGCUUUGUUUGCUAGAAGAGACUGUUU